CGAUCUGAUCAUUUUAUAAAUCACACACGAAUGCAGUUAAACGAGGAGGGUUUGCCUUUUGUAGAAAUAGUUGAGAAAGAAGAGGAAUCGGAGAGUGAGAAACGAGGUCCAACAAUGGAGAAUGACCAAGGAGAAUUGAAACAAACAGAAACUCAAGAAAAGCGAACAAUGAGCGUCGAGGAUGAACAGUUAUUUGAUGCUCUUAUUAAAGAUGAAGAACUUGAGGAAACAAUAGAUUCAGAUGAUGAUGAAGAUUUCGAAGGUAGUGAGUCGUCAGAUUAUGAAGAUAAAUGGGAGGAGGAAACGACAUCCGAAGUUCAUGAUAAAUCUCGGCGAACCAAGAAAGUCACAUUUGCCGAUCAAACUUUAAGUCCAAAAUCGAAACCAUCAGAAAGUAGUCCACCUAACCUCUCAAUGAUUGACAUUUACAAUAAGAUGCUUCAGGAUAUGAGAAAAACUGACGAUGUGAGUUUUAUGAUUGAGGAAGUCACACAUCCAACAGAAGAUCUAUCCGCAAAGGAAAUUGGAAAACUGAAUCUUGGACACAACUUGGGUGACGCCAAAACAUCGGCUUCCUCAGUCAAGCGGGUGGAAGAGGUUAAGGGGAAGGUUAUUCGAAAUAAGAAAUUUGAUGCGAAAUCAGUAGAGGAGCAGGCGGUUAAGAAUAAAGUGAUAGAAAAGGAGAUACCUCCCGAAGAACAAGAUGCAGACAGCAUAGAAAAUGAAAUAUGGAUGAAAGAGAUCGCAUCCGAAUAUCACCAAAAACGCCUUGACCUAAUUUCUCAGCAAGGAGAACUCUCACCCCCAUCGGAAACGGGAACUUUUGGGAUUAAGAUUCCUGGCUACACCCAAGUUCAGGACACAAGUUCUGUCGUUAAUAGUUCUCAGCCGACCACUGAUAAGCCUAAAAAGGUUUCUAGAUUUAAGGCUGCUAGGUUAAAGGGUCAAUUAGAGUAA